AUAAAUUUACCACUUCACAACCUAGACAAACUACUUUGAAUUCAAAGUGGAAGCAAGAAGAAAGGAAGGAAGUGUGUAGAAAAAUUGGUAGAUUCAUGUAUUCAAAAGGUCUCCCAUUCAACACUGUGAAUGAUCCUUAUUGGUUUCCUAUGAUAGAUGCUAUUGCAAAUUUUGGGCCCGGGUUUAAGCCUCCAUCUAUGCAUGAAUUGAGGACAUGGAUUCUUAAAGAAGAGGUGAAUGACCUAAGUAUCAUUAUGGAAGAUCACAAAAAGCUUGGAAACAAUAUGGAUGUUCAAUUAUGUCAGAUGGUUGGACAGAUGGAAAGAGUAGGUGUCUUAUCAAUUUUUUGGUGAAUAGUCCUGCUGGCACUUGGUUUAUGAAAUCAAUUGAUGCUUCUGAUACAAUAAAAAAUGGGGAAUUGAUGUUCAAAUAUCUUGAUGAGGUGGUUGAAGAAAUUGGAGAGGAGAAUGUUGUGCAAGUCAUCACUGAUAAUGCCUCUAAUUAUGUGAAUGCUGGAAUGAGGCUUAUGGAAAAAAGGAGAAAAUUGUGGUGGACUCCUUGUGCUGCUCAUUGUAUUGAUUUGAUGUUGGAGGAUAUUGGAAAGCUAAAUGUCCAUGCUACUACACUAUCUCAAGCUAGGCAAGUAGUGAAGUUCAUAUAUGGGCAUACUUGGGUUCUUAGCUUGAUGAGAACAUUUACAAAAAAUCAUGAACUUCUUCGUCCAGCAAUUACACGAUUUGCUACUGCAUUUCUUACUCUCCAAAGUCUUUAUAAGCAAAAGCAAGCUCUUAUAGCAAUGUUCUCAUCAGAAAAAUGGUGUUCAAGCACAUGGGCUAAAAAGGUAGAAGGUGUGAAAACUCGAAGUACAGUGUUGUUUGAUCCAAAUUUUUGGCCUCAUGUUGCUUUUUGCAUAAAGACCACUGUUCCAUUAGUUAGUGUCUUGAGAGAGGUUGAUUCAGAGGAAAGACCAGCCAUGGGUUAUAUUUAUGAGUUGAUGGAUUCAGCUAAGGAGAAGAUUGCAUUUAAUUGUCGAGGUGUGGAGAGAAAAUAUGGCCCAAUUUGGAGAAAAAUUGAUGCAAGAUGGACUCCGCAACUUCAUCGACCUUUACAUGCAGCGGGUUAUUAUCUUAAUCCUCAAUUGCGGUAUGGAGAUAAGUUUUCUAAUGCUGAUGAGGUGAGGAAGGGAUUAUUUGAAUGCAUGGAUAGGAUGUUGGAUUAUCAAGAACGUUUAAAAGCUGACAUUCAGUUGGACUCAUAUGACCAAGCAAUGGGUGAAUUUGGGAGUCGUAUUGCAAUUGAUUCUCGAACAUUAAGAAGUCCUACAAGUUGGUGGAUGCGUUUUGGAGGUUCAACACCGGAGUUGCAAAAGUUUGCUAUUCGAGUCCUUAGCCUUACUUGUAGUGCUUCGGGAUGUGAAAGAAAUUGGAGCACAUUUGAGUCGAUCCAUACAAAAAAAAGAAAUAGACUUGAACAUCAAAGGUUGAAUGCUCUAGUGUAUGUAAGAUACAACACUAGAUUGAGAGAGCGAAGUCUACAAAGGAAACAAAAUGUUGAUCCGAUUUUGGUAGAGGAGAUUGAUUCGGAUGAUGAAUGGAUUGCGGAGAAAGAAGAUCCCCUCCUCCCCCUUGAUCUUUGUUGGCUUCAAGAUAAUGAGUUAUUCAGUGUUGAUGCCAUUAGAGUUGUUUCAUCCAACUCCCAAGAGAUUGAAACAUCAUCGGAUCACAUGGUUUCUUCACAUUCCUACAAAAGGAAACAUAAUGAAGUACCAAGUACAAGUGGAGGCAAAGGCAAAGAGAAGGAGUUGAAUUUGACACCAAUUGAUGAAGAUGAAGAUUUACAUGAAAUGGGGAUACAUGAUAGUGGACAUUUUCCUACUAUUGAUACAUUGGAUGAGGAUGAUGAUGACCUUGAUGAUGAGGAUUUAAGUUGAAACAAUUGACUCUAGUUGUUAUUUUAUGACUUAGUUAUAGAUUUUUUGUAAAAGUUUAGAACUAUUAUUAUGGUUGACUCUAUUUUCUAUUUCAUGACUUAGUUAUGGUUUUUUGUUAAAGUUUGAAAUUAUUAGUAUAGUUGAAUCUAGAAUCUAUUUUAUGA